AUUUUCCCGACUUUUAAGAGUAAAUAAUUCACGAGGAAUUGAAUUUAAAAAAUUAAUUUUAGUGGUUGUUCCUUAAUUACACUUUGUCAAAUGAUUAUACUUAACUUAAUUAAACGAACAACAUUUGCUGCACAGCUGUUAAAUCGUUCAAUCUUCAAUAAUAGCUUGUAUAAUGGAAUUAAAUACUGUGUAACACGUAAUAUACACUUAAGUCAGCCAGCCCAUGAUAUAAAUGAAGAUGUUAACAAUAAAUUAAUGGAAUUCUUUGAUGUUCCGAAGAACUGGAAUGAAAAUGAAGUUAAACAUGGAAGGAGCUGGAAUUUGGCAGAACUGCGCAUAAAAUCAAAUUCAGAUCUUCAUAAAAUCUGGUUUAUUCUACUUAAAGAGUUGAAUAUGCUUAAAACUAUGGAACACGAAUAUAAGAGGGAAUGGAAAUGGUGGGCGAGUCCAGAAAGAAUCGAUAAAGUUCAGGAUUCGAUGAAGAACAUAGAAACAGUUGUCAGGGAAAGGAACCAAGCAUAUCAUAUGCUUGAAAGUGGAACAGAUGGCGAACAACCUGGACAAUAUAUAACUAAUGCUUUGGGAUUACGAGAAUAUAAGAAGUCAGUUGAGCAUAUUGUUCCUUAUUGGGCAAAUAAAAAGUGGCGAGAAGCGAAUCCAAGAGGAUGCCACGGACCAGAUUAUCAAAAAUUCAUGCGAUUGUAUCGUGAAAAGAUAUAUAAUGACAAACGAAAGGGAAGAAAUCGUGAUAAGAAUCAUGUCAUCCGAUUAUUAAGCAGGUUCCCAAAUCUAGAUCGUAAUGUAUUAAAGGGAAAAUAUCCUCAGAUCAAUUUUGAUACUCUUAACAAAAAGGAUUUAUAUAGAGGACAUUAUGUACCAGAUGUAGAAUAAAGUCAUUUAUUAGAUAUUUAGAAAAGU